CGCAUGCGUGCUUCCUCCCCGACAGAGCGGGCCUGGCGUGGCGGGCGAGGGGCGGAUGUCGGCGCCGUUCGAGGAGCGGAGCGGGCUGGUCCCGUGCGCCACUCCCUGGGGCCGCUGGUACCAGACCAUGGAGGAGGUCUUCGUGGAGGUGGACGUGCCGCCGGGGACCCGCGCCAAGGCGGUUCAGUGCAGCCUCCAGAGCCGCAGCCUCUCGCUGGUCGUGGCCGGGAAGGAGGUGCUCAAGGGUAAACUCUUUGAUUCUACAAUAGCGGAUGAAGCAACAUGGACACUAGAGGACCAGAAACUAAUACGGAUCAUCUUAACAAAAACUAACCGUGAUGCUGGAAAUUGUUGGCGUUCUUUGCUAGAGAAUGAAUAUGCUGCUGAUCCUUGGGUCCAGGACCAAAUGCAGAGGAAACUUACUCUGGAGAGGUUCCAGAGAGAGAACCCUGGGUUUGACUUCAGUGGAGCUGAAAUUUCAGGGAACUAUAGCAAAGGAGGGCCAGACUUCUCCAGCUUUGAAAGAUAACUUGAUGCCUUUGACUGUAUUCCUAGAACUAAAACAAACAGAGGCUGCAAAGAAAUAUAUUGUGCUGAACAAGAAUUCAUCUGUGAGACUAACAUUGGGCAUGGAUUUUUUGUUAUUCUCAACAGCUUUAAAUCACAACAUGAGAAAGGCAUUUAUUUAACAUGUGCUUGCACAGUAAUGAAAAAUAAACACUGACGUAUAUAUAUACAAAUCAGUGCUAUUUGUAUAAUAAAUGUUUACCAAGAUGAAGGACACAUUUUCAACUGAAGUAAUAAAACAAUCUGGUAAGAAUUUAAUUGCUUUUUGAUAAGCCAGCAAGAAGUUCUUUUAGAAGAAUCACAAAGAACUACAUCCCUUGAAAAGGAGGGUACUAUUUCCUAAACACUUCUGAGUUUCAUGUGUGGCAAGUAAUUAAACCGAAUUUUGAAGGGACAACAGUGUUUCUCUGCAGAUGUACUUAACUGUGGCAUAAAGGCACAUUCUUUUAAAAGGCUACAUAGUUUUUUUAAAAAAAUGAUUUGCCAUCCUAUUCAAACUCACUUUUAUUCACGAGAAAGGACUCUUACAGAUGCCAUGAUGCUAAGUUUAACUGGCAUGAUAAUUUUGUGCCAUGUCACACUGUGAGCAUCAUGGAUUUUUUAAAAAAACCAACAGGUUGGGCAUAAUGGUGUUCAUCUAGACCGUUCUAGGGAAAGGCCAGGUGUUUUUGAACUACAUGUACCAUAACUCUCAAGCAUUAGCAGUUAUUCUUAGCACCGAUGAGCGUUACUGUCUGAAAUCAACUGAAAGCGUGUGGAGUUUCAAAAACAGCCAUGUUUUUUCUUAAUGCGUUUGUUUGUGAAAUAUUGGUCUAAAUCAAGCCAUCUUGAGUAUGUGGAACUUGGUCUGCUUUAUUCUAAUUACAGUGACUCUCAACAUUUGUGGGCUUCAUUUUUGCAGAAUUGAUUAUUUCAUUUUUUGGUCAGCAUCCAGCAGAAGUUGGCCAUAGUGUUGCAUUGAAGGACUUAAUGAUUCCCAAAGAGGUGUUCUUUCAGGUAGAAAAUGGUAUUUUAUUAAUUUUUGGAUUUUUCACUUUUGAUGUGAAUGAGGAGGACUGGCUGUACUUGAAUUCAUUGGUACUAGGAGGCCGGUAAAAUUAAUCAUUUGGUUCUUUAAAAAGGAAAAAAAACUCUUUAUAUAAACAUAAGUAUGAAAUAUUUCCUAGGCAGUUAGGAAAUGUUUGAUUGUAACUUAAUUAUAACAAAUUGUAGGUACAAACAUGUUUUUUAACUCAAAUUUCAGUUGUACAGUAUUUGUAAAUACACACAAUUAACUGAAUAAAUUUCAAUUAUAGUU